GCUACUUCCAUGUGGGCUUCCUGCUGUGGGUUGCUGAAUGAAGUCAUGGGGACUGGAGCUGUCCGUGGCCAGCAGGCUGGUUUUGGGGGAGGUGCUGGCCCCUUCAGAUUCGCACCGAACGCCGACUUCUCGGCGUACCCGUCUGCGGCUGCGGCGGGCGCCAGCGUGGUGUGCAAGGCCUGCGGCCUCUCCUUCUCCGUCUUCAGGAAGAAGCACGUGUGUUGUGACUGCAAGAAGGAUUUUUGCUCCGUUUGUUCAGUCUUACAAGAGAAUCUCCGAAGAUGUUCCACUUGUCACUUGCUGCAGGAAACAGCCUUUCAGCGGCCUCAGUUAAUGAGACUGAAAGUGAAGGAUCUGCGUCAGUAUCUGAUUCUGCGGAACAUACCCACGGACACCUGCAGAGAGAAGGAAGACUUGGUGGAGCUGGUGCUGUGCCACCGGGGGCUGGGCGCGCAGGGGACGGAGGCUGGCA